AGAGAGAGGAGCGCACACAGACAAGCGGAGGCGAAAAGUGGCGCAUUAUUUUAUCCGAGCGAGCGAGUCAGACGCGCACGCGGAGCAGCCGCCUCCGCCGCCGCCGACGACGAGGAGGAGGAUGGCGACCCCGUUGGCCGACGAGGGCUCGAUCGCCGCCGCGGUGAUGCCGCGCUCGCCUUCUCCACCGGCCGCCGCCGCGGGGUCGGCGGCCGAGGCGCCGAUGCUGAUAUUCGUCUACUUCCACAAGGCGAUCCGCGCGGAGCUGGAGAGGCUGCACGCCGCGGCCGUGCGCCUCGCCACGGAGCGGUCCGGCGACGUGGGGGAGCUCGAGAGGCGGUGCCGCUUCCUCUUCUCCGUCUACAGGCACCACUGCGACGCCGAGGACGCGGUUAUCUUUCCAGCACUUGAUAUUCGAGUGAAAAAUGUAGCAGGCACGUAUUCCCUUGAACAUAAGGGGGAAAAUGAUCUGUUUGCACACCUGUUCUCUCUGUUAAAGCUUGAUGUGCGGAAUGAUGAUGGUCUUCGGAGGGAACUCGCGUCCUGUACAGGUGCAAUUCAAACGUUUAUAACCCAACAUAUGUCCAAGGAAGAAGAGCAGGUCUUCCCACUGCUCAUUAAGAAGUUUUCACAUGAAGAGCAAGCUGAUUUAGUCUGGCAAUUCUUAUGCAGCAUCCCUGUCAAUAUGAUGGCAGAGUUCCUUCCAUGGCUUGCUACUUCUGUUUCAUCUGAUGAGCACCAAGAUAUUCUUAACUGCUUACAUAAAAUAGUUCCGGACGAGAAACUUCUCCAACAGGUUGUAUUUGCGUGGAUUGGAGGGGAAGCAGUGAAAACAAUAUCACAUGAUUUUUGUAGUCCUUGUUCAAAAAGCAAUGUUAGAUGCAAGGAUGCUAUUGAUCAAACAGACAAGUAUGGAUGCUCACAUGAGCACUUUAAAACUGGAAAGAGAAAGCGUGCAGAAUCUAGUUAUAGUCAGCUUGUUAUGCAUCCAAUAGAUGAGAUUUUGUGUUGGCACAAUGCUAUCCGAAAAGAAUUGAGCGAUAUAGUAGAAGAAACAAGAAGGAUCCAACAAUCUGGGGACUUCUCGGAUAUAUCAGACUUUAAUGUGAAACUUCAAUUUAUUGCGGAUGUGUGCAUCUUCCACAGUAUUGCAGAGGAUCAGGUUAUAUUUCCAGCAGUCAACGAUCAAGUGUCCUUUGAGCAGGAGCACGCUGAAGAAGAACGGCGGUUUAAUAAAUUUAGAUGUUUAAUUGAACAAAUCCAAAUAACAGGAGCCAGAUCAACAGCAGUGGAUUUUUACUCUGAGCUAUGUUCACAAGCUGAUCAGAUAAUGGAGAAAAUCGAGAGGCACUUCAAAAAUGAGGAAACAAAGGUACUUCCUCAAGCUAGGAUUCAUUUUUCAUCAGAGAAACAAAGGGAACUUUUAUAUAAGAGUCUCUGUGUCAUACCGUUGAAGUUAUUGGAGCGUGUUUUACCGUGGUUUGUAUCGAAGCUGAAUGAUCAGGAUGCAGAAGCUUUUCUUCAGAAUAUGUUUUUGGCAGCACCUUCCUCUGAAGCUGCAUUGGUCACUCUUCUCUCUGGUUGGGCAUGCAAAGGUCGCUCAAAGGGCACCUCUAACUCUGGAAAAUUCAUAUGCUUGACACCAAGGGCACUGAGCAGCCCAUUGGAUGAAAAUGGGUUUAAAGACUGCCAGUUAUGUCCAUGUUCUUUACAAUCAGAUAUUUGUUCUAGGCCAGCCAAGAAAUGGAAUGACACAGAAUCUAGUAACAUAAGCAACUGCUCACAAACGGCUGAUAUAGCAUUGACAUGUAAAAACAGACCUUGUCACAUUCCUGGGUUAAGGGUAGAAAUUAGCAAUCUUGCUGUCAAUUCGUUUGCUUCUGCAGAGUCCUUCCGAUCGCUGUCUCUCAAUUAUUCUGCUCCUUCAUUGUAUUCAAGUCUUUUUUCAUGGGAGACAGAUGCAGCCUUUUCUGGCCCAGAUAACAUUUCAAGGCCAAUUGACACAAUAUUCAAAUUUCAUAAGGCAAUUCGCAAAGAUUUGGAGUUCUUAGAUGUGGAAUCUAGAAAGCUCAUAGAUGGGGAUGAAUCUUCCCUUCGCCAAUUCAUCGGAAGGUUUCGUUUACUGUGGGGUCUUUAUAGAGCACACAGCAAUGCUGAAGAUGAAAUUGUAUUUCCUGCUCUUGAAUCGAAAGAGACACUGCACAAUGUCAGCCACUCAUAUACUCUUGACCACAAGCAGGAAGAAGAAUUAUUUAAAGAUAUAUCCACUAUUCUUUUUGAGCUUUCACAAUUGCAUGCUGAUUUGAAGCAUCCUCUUGGUGGUGCUGAUGCAGUUGGAGCGAACCACAUUCAUCCAUAUAAUAGGAUCGAUUGGUCCAAAAAGAAUAAUGAACUUUUGACAAAGCUUCAAGGAAUGUGCAAGUCUAUCCGGGUUACUCUGUCUAAUCAUGUCCAUAGAGAAGAACUUGAAUUGUGGCCACUAUUUGAUAAACAUUUUUCUGUAGAGGAGCAGGAUAAGAUUGUAGGCCGUAUAAUUGGAAGUACAGGAGCUGAGGUUCUGCAGUCAAUGUUACCCUGGGUUACAUCAGCGCUUAGUCUAGAUGAACAGAACAAUAUGCUGGACACAUGGAGGCAAGUAACUAAGAAUACAAUGUUUGAUGAAUGGCUAAAUGAAUGGUGGAAGAGAUCACCUACUUCUUCUGGCCCUUCAAGCGAUGCCUCCCAUCCAGAAGAUCAUUUCCAGGAAAAGUUCGAUCAGAGUGAACAGAUGUUUAAGCCUGGUUGGAAGGACAUCUUCCGAAUGAACCAGAGUGAGCUUGAGGCUGAGAUACGAAAGGUUUCUCGUGAUUCUACUCUUGACCCAAGGAGGAAGGCUUAUCUAAUCCAAAAUCUCAUGACCAGCCGCUGGAUAGCUGCUCAGCAGAAAUCGCCCCAACCUCAGUCAGAAGAUCGCAAUGGAUGUACAGUAUUACCUGGAUGUUGUCCUUCAUACCGAGAUCCAGAGAAUCAGAUUUUUGGCUGUGAGCAUUACAAAAGGAAAUGCAAACUUGUUGCUGCAUGCUGCAAUAAACUGUUCACAUGCAGGUUUUGUCAUGAUAAAGUUAGUGACCAUACAAUGGAAAGGAAAGCAACGGUGGAAAUGAUGUGCAUGCAAUGCCUGAAAGUUCAACCAGUUGGUCCAAAUUGCCAGACCCCUUCUUGCAAUGGGCUAUCCAUGGCAAAGUAUUAUUGCAGCGUAUGCAAGUUUUUUGACGAUGAAAGGAGUGUGUACCAUUGCCCCUUUUGCAAUUUGUGUCGUCUUGGGCAAGGAUUGGGUAUUGAUUUUUUCCAUUGCAUGAAGUGCAACUGUUGCCUGGGCAUGAAAUUGAUAGAGCAUAAAUGUCGAGAAAAGAUGCUAGAGAUGAAUUGCCCAAUCUGCUGCGACUUCCUAUUUACAUCGAGUGCAGCAGUUAAAGGUCUACCUUGUGGCCAUUUCAUGCAUUCAGCUUGCUUUCAGGCGUACACCUGUAGUCACUACACCUGCCCAAUCUGCUCUAAAUCCUUGGGAGAUAUGACAGUAUACUUUGGCAUGCUUGAUGGCUUGCUGGCCGCAGAAGAGCUUCCUGAGGAAUACCGGGACCGGUGCCAGGAUAUACUUUGUAACGAUUGUGAAAGAAAAGGAAGGUCUCGGUUCCAUUGGCUGUAUCACAAAUGCGGCUUCUGCGGUUCAUAUAACACUAGAGUUAUCAAGAUUGAUAGAGCUGAUUGUUCAACAUCAGAUUAACCAGGCGAGAUUUUCCCUCUCAUAUUCGAAAUUCCUUUUGAAUAUAUAUAUUGUUGUAAAUAUACAUCAACUUAAAGAAAUCCAUGCGUCAUGCGUGCUCU